GUCACACAAACAGGAAGUGAGUGGAGAGGAGGAACCGAGACAUCAUAACAGAGCUGACCAGGCUGUUGACAGCGGCAGUUUCUAAGGAAAAUACAUGCAGUUUUUUGUUUUUGUGGUCAGUAACGACGAGACGAAACAUGUCGAGAAAACACAAAGAUGAAUAUUACCGGUUUUUUACCGUUAGUGAUCCGCGUUCUCACGAAAAAGGAUACACGGAGUACAAAGUCACAGCAAGGUUUGUGUCCAAGCCUCAUCCAGAGGAUGUGAAGGAGGUUGUGGUGUGGAGAAGAUUCUCAGAGCUGAAGAAGCUUCACGGAGAGUUGGCCUACACACACAGGAACCUGUUCAGGAGACAGGAGGAGUUUCCACCAUUCCCCCGAGCACAAGUAUUUGGACGGUUUGAAGAAGCUGUGAUCGAGGAGAGAAGGAAAGCAGCAGAAGCCAUGCUUUUGUUCACUACUUCUAUACCUGCACUCUACAACAGCCCCCAGCUGAAGGACUUCUUUAGAGGUGGGGAAGUCACAAGACCUUUAGAUCCAUCCCCCUUGUCCUCUUCUGGGCCUCUUCCUCCACCUCUCAUCCCACUACCAAAACGAAGGGCCUCAGACUGUGAGCCAGCUGAGGAGGAGGAGGGGAAAGAGGCUCCUACUUUACCUCAGGACCUCGGUACCAACCUGGGAUUGGAACUGGGAGAGCCUGAAGUGGCAGCCGAGGCUUACAGUGAGAUUGGAGGCACGCCAAGAGAAGAAGAAAGAGAGGAGCUCAGUGAUGCAGAGUUAGACGAUACAGCCCUAUCUCUUCAACCAUCCCCUGCUAGAAUUCAAAAGUCACAGGAAUCCCAAGAGUUUGAUUCCCUGUUUGACUGUGUAGCAGGACCACAGGUCCCCUCUCCAAAGGACGAAGAACCACCUCUGCUGUCUGAUAAUGACUUAGCCGUCUUCGAUCCCUGUUUUAAAAAAGACAGAUCCAGUUCCUUGACUGACCACUCGGAGCUGUUUUCUCUGCCCACCACCUGUCUAGAAGGAGAGGAUUCAGGCUAUCUAAACCAGGCAGCCACCGAGCUAACGGCUGCCAUGGAGCAAGAGAAGGAGGGGAAACUCAGCUCAGCUAUUCAAGGAUACAGGACGGCGGUGGACAUAUUGAUCACUGGAGUACAGGGUGAAGCCGAUCCAGUGCGCAAGGAAUCCGUGAUGAGAAAGACGGCGCAGUAUCUACAACAUGUUGAGAUGUUGGUGGACAGACAUUCCUCACCCACAAUCGUUCACACAUCCACAGACACAAGUCCACAAGCCCCGUAGGUGUACAUCUAACUAAUUAUUUAUAGCACACACAGUGUUCCUGCAGUGAAAAUGUGUGAAACAGAAUUCUCAGGUUUAUGACAUACAUGCAGACAAACACAUACAUGAAUCUGACAGAAAUAUCCAAACGCACUACUGACAAAUACAUGGAAUUAAAAAAUGUACAGUGAUACUGAACCAACGCGUUUUAAGACAGUUCAUAUGUACGUGCACACAGACUAUUACACACUCUCCACCGUCGACUGAUGGACUUUCUACUAUGCUCUUGCUGACUUUAGAGAUCUCUCUGUAAAUUCACUAAUUAUGAUUUUUGCACAGAAUCGUUAUGCUAAUAAAUUUGUUGUAAUUUAACUAA